GGUGACUCGAAGUCAUAUGACAGGAGCAAAAAAAAAAAAGGCUAAUAUCCGCUUACUAACAGGCUGAGUUUCAGCAAUGGCUACAUGUAUCAAAGAAGGAUAUGAGGAAAAGUGACAGCACAACACUAGUCUGAAUCAAUGAAGUAAGUAAUUACCUACACAACAAUCCACACACCACUCGUGAUAUACCAUUGUACUCAGACUGAUGACAGUUACAAGCAGAACAAGAACCUGUAUCCUUAAAAUGGAUUCGUUGGCCCGGAAGUUCUUACUAUUGUUGUGUUGCCUGUGUUUUUCGCGAACUUCAACACAAGAAAUGAGCAGAUGCGAUGCCCCACCUGUUCAUUCUCUUCAAGAUGCUGUCCUCACUUGUCACUUUCCCGAAGACCUUAGUGUCAGCAAGAAAGGUUUCACAGUCUAUCACUACGUUAACCGUCAAAGUGCAGACGCUGUUUUAGACUGUUGGUGGGUUGGAGGUGCUCUGGGCUGCUACACAAAAUCAGGUUUCGAGUACGACAAAAAACUGAGCCGCACUCUCAAGAUUACAAUCCGUCACGUGACCUCUGCACGUACAGGUACAUACGGGUGUCAAGUGGACGGCUAUGGCCCCAGCGACCUGGGACAAUGUCAGCUCAACUUAACACUGGGUGAAAACAACACGUGUAAUGUAUCAAAUGUGGCUAAUGGUUCCCAAAUCGCUCUAACCUGUUUCUUUAACGAAAAUGUUCAGAAAACACAAAACAGCUUUUCUGUCUACAGACACAAUGGUCAUGAGAAACUAGGUAAGUGAAUCAUGCACACUCAUAUAUUCUAAGGCGCAAGAGAACACGUAUAUACUAGUAUGCAUGAGCAGACCGUGCAACACACUGUGAGACUCGAAAAGGCAAUUGCAAACUAACAUUUUUAGUUAAAAUACAUUCUAUUUUGUCUAGUUUUGUUCUUUGCAUGUCGAUUAUA